GUGGGCCCAUAACCACAUAUUUUCUUUUUUCUUUUUCUUCUUCUCUCUCGCACCAAUUUUGUGAAAUCGAAUUAGAAUUGUUUUCGAGUUGGGGAAAAGAUCGAGCAAAGAUCACUCUGAAUCAAUCGAUUAGCUAUUAUGGGAGUUGAUAAAGGAAAAGGUUUAUCGGAAAACGUCUCAAGUUCCGGUGAUUUCUUCUUUCGUGCUGGUCCGUCCUUGACCCGUGAUAGUGCCAUGACUCCAAGUAGCUCGCAUGUUCCCUUUCUCAGCACACGAUAUCCAUUGCGCAUGCCGCUGCGUUACGGAUGUGCAUUGUUCGGAUGCUCAUUGCCGGUGCCCACUUCAGAAAAAAGAUACUGUUGCGAGAGUCAUGAGAUCAUGGCUACUCAAAUGGAUGCCAUGUCCGGUGCGUGCAUUUUCUUCGAUGGUUUGAAGACUGUGGACGUGAGCCUAUGUACUGCAUUGCUGCACAGAACAAGGGGUGGAACAGGUGUAGGAGUUCCAACAUCUCCUGAAGUAUCUUCGCUGUUCUCCCAUGGGAGCUCGGCCCUGAAUUCCACCUGCAGCCUCUCCCUGGCGAAGCAUGUAGGAGCUGGGCGUUCUUCUGUAAAGACCCUCCCAAAAAGAUAUACCCUACAAUGGGUGAGACUUCAUUUUCCUGGAAAAUGAAGGAAUACUUUGAUAUAAUGGUUGAUACAGCUGAAGUGUCUGUUGUCAGACACUCCCUCACUGCCACUGCAUCUUCAAAAGCUCGAGUGAAACAGGGCGACUGGGGACUUCUCCGAUACUCCCACAUGGGUGUCUACCUGUUUUGCCUGACUCUAAAUGCAUCCAGAUCAACUCUUACGCGAACUGCAGCAGCAAAGGAGGGCAGUGGAUUACAGGUUAUGUUUGAUAGUUUUGUUUCUUCUUUACUGAACAUUGGUAAAAGGAAACGUAAAGAGCGAAUUGCCUUGAUGUCUGGCAAGCGAUGGGGCUCUUUGAAGAUCACUGAGGGGUCCAAAAACUCUGCAGAGUCUAAGUCUGGAGUCGAGAUGUUUAAGGAAAUAAGGGACUAUAUUGUGAAACUAGGGUCGGAGGCGCUCACUGAAGAUUUGGAAAUAGAAGUGAGGUACAAAAUUCAAGCACUCUCAGCAGAUGCAGUUGCGUGGUUUGAUCAGAAUGAGGCUGCAGACUUAGAUGAUUGGAGGGCAAAAGCCAAUGAGUUCGAGACAGCUUUGCAUGAACUCAAGAGGGCAUGAAUCAAUGUCGGUGUAAGUGAAUAUAAACUGUAGGUGUAGGCAGAACCAUAAAUAGUAGGAGUAGUAAAACCAAUCAGGGUGUUUCACGUUGGUUACUGCAAUUUUUUUUGUUUAGAGACCAGAUUGUGGUUAUUUUUUUUUUAGGCCAGCCCAUUAUUCAUUUCAUUUGGAACGCUUUGAACAUAAUGAUGUUUUGACGCUUUAAUCAACUUGGGAAUUGGGAUCUUGA